GUGGACGAGACUCAGUUUAAUAAGAUCCUUGGCUAUAUCAACUCUGGGAAGCAGGAGGGGGCAAAGCUGCUGUGUGGCGGGGGGGCCGCCGCCGACCGUGGCUACUUCAUCCAGCCUACCGUGUUCGGAGACGUGCAAGACGGCAUGACCAUCGCCAAAGAGGAGAUCUUCGGGCCUGUGAUGCAGAUCCUGAAGUUCAAGACAAUUGAGGAAGUUGUCAGGAGAGCCAACAAUUCCAAGUAUGGGCUGGCUGCAGCUGUCUUCACAAAGGACUUGGACAAGGCCAAUUAUCUGUCCCAAACGCUCCAGGCUGGCACCGUGUGGGUUAACUGCUAUGAUGUGUUUGGUGCCCAGUCACCAUUUGGUGGCUACAAGAUGUCGGGGAGCGGCCGGGAACUAGGCGAGUAUGGUCUUCAGGCAUACACCGAAGUGAAGACCGUCACAGUCAAAGUUCCUCAGAAGAACUCAUAACCCUGCUGGCUGCCUUCGCAUCCAGUGGUGAGAGUUCAAUGACAUGGGUUGGUGAGGUGAAGAAUAUGUGGAAAACCUUUCAAACUGCACCAAUACGGCUAGCUUUCAGGAUGGUUUUUUAAAAAUGUAUUCAGAUGCCUUUGCUUGUCUCUGACACACUUCCCUUAACUUGCCUUUGUGGGGAAAGAAAUAACCAGUGUUUACAAUCAUGUUAGCUUUGCAGCAACUGCUAGCACCUUGCUUUGUAUUCUGGACUAAAAUUCAUUAAAAAUGGGCUGCUCAUAA